GCUUUAACAAUCGAAGAUCCAAAAUAUGCGGGGCAAUUCUCGAUUAGUAGUCUACCUGUGUGUUCUGCUGUUUUUGAACGAGUUUGGACCUGCUCACUUCCAUCGUGUCCUGUCACAUGAUGGAUAUAGUUUCAACAAACAUGGAGCGAAAGGAACCUAUAAUGAUAUUGUAAGGGAGAGACGAACGGCAUCAUCACUCCUACGGCUCGGAAAACAUUUGUUCGAGGCACUUGAGUUCACUUCGAAAUACUUCAAGGAUGUGACUAGCUUGGUUUCCAUGGCAACAACGAUCUACGUCGUUGCUUCUGAUAAUUGCUGCAGCGAAGCUGACAGAGAAGUUUGUGACCUGCAAGAGGAAGCGAAGGAAAUAUCAGAAUAUAUUGAUUCAGAGAGCAAGAAUAUUAACAAGAUUCAACUGGAGACCCAAAACCUACAAGCUCUGGUUGAAAGUCUAAAUAACUUGUUCAAUACCACGGUAGAAAAUAUGAGAAACGUUGGAUAUAUCUCCAGUAAAGUAUUGGAAGGAAUAGAUCCAAACAUCGAAGAUACCUUGAAUGUGACCACACUUGAAUUACAGAAAUUGAUUCUAAAAGAGCAGAACGCUGGCAAGUCCGUUGACUACGUUGUGAUGGGAAAGAAGUAUUUCACGAGAAUCGAGCAGGUCAUCAACAUCGCUGGGCCCGUGUUUGUGACUGUGAUUCCCAAAAUGGUUAAAAUUACCAAAUUUGGGAGCGAACGUCUAGGAAGAAUAAAGAGUUGGGAGAUGACAGAGAAAUUCAAGAAUAUUAACCUGCCUGGCACAAACACUGCCGCGUACAAAGGAAUGAAGAGUUGGUUUGCCAAAACAUCGAACUACAUAAAAGCCAAAUCGGAAAGUUUAAGAACGUUGAUAACCACCAAGUAUAGCAAAGCAGUAGACGUUGUGAAGAACCUCAAAAGAGGGUUUUUGACUCUCUCAGGAUUUCUCACGGGAGCCUAUAAUAUCUACGUUUCCAUACAAAACAUAAAGAAAUGUCAAAAAAUAAAGGAAGAAGUGAAAGGUGCUGUAGAGAAACUCAGACAAGCGAAAACAAAGUUCACUGAAAUUUAUAAUAAUGUAACAAAGGCAAAAGAGAACAUGCAAAAGGCUGCAGAAGACAUGUAUGAGUCGGUCGCCAGCGACGUAUUCCUGUCUGACCUAAAAGAAAUGCGAGACAACAUGCUGUCCAUACAAGGUGACUCAAAAGGAAUGCAGGACAUGAUCAGCCAGACCACAAAAUACAUUGAUUCCAUUAAAUCCAGCAAGGAUUUAAAUGACGUCGUUCCUCUGUUCAACGGUCUCUAUCAUGCACUUGGUAUUCUCCCAUUUGUCUAUAAUUGCCUUUAUGACAAAACAUGGUUCAUAGGAUCCAUAGCGAGAGGAUGUGAAGAAGGCGAUAAACCUUUAACGGAGCUAGUCACCUUGGCAAGACACCAGUAUAGUAACAACAUAAAAGACUGCGAGGAGAGAACAGGAAUACCUUACAUCACUGAUGAAACCAUCAGAGAUAUGAUUGACAAAGCGGCAAAGGACAAAGGAUUUAAUCAAAAUUGUGUCCUUAACAGCAAGACUCUGAAGGAUUUUGUUUGUUCUAUGAAAUGCCAACCUUUGGACUUCGAUGAUAUCGCCUCACGUUUAAGUCCUCGAGGAAUCUCCAAAGAUACGGUUAAAAUCUUGUAUGACGACUGCCCACCAUGUGAGAAUGAUAAGGAAAAGGACGUCAAAAUGGUCUGCAUGAUAAAAAAACUCCAACCAAAAAUUAAAGAUAAAGAAAUCCAAGAACUUGUGCCUAAACUGACAUUAGAUGAGAUUGCUAAGAUAGACUGCAGUAAAGUAAAUGAGAAUUAAGAAAACGCGCAAAGAAAGCACAAAAGAAUGCAUGUUUGUGAGGCUCACAGAGAUUAUUCACAAGAAGAAGGCAAGAAAAAUGUGGACAAAAAUAGAGAAAUAUUGAUUAAUAAAAUGAUGUUAUGAAAUGUGUCAUAAA